UGUUGAACUUUGCAGACGAUUAGGUUGUCUCGUACCGAUUGAACCUUAGACGGCGUAACUCCCGCUCUCUGAACACUACAUCUGUCGAGUGAAAAAUAGAUUCCUUUUAGCUAAACGAAAGAAUUACCAGCAAGAAUGAAGUCCUCUCCAUUGUGCUGUUUCUUAGUUUUUCUUCUAUUUUUCUCCUGUGUUUACUCUCAAGAUAAUGCGACGACUUCUGCUCCACCUGCUCCAACCACAUCAAGCAAAUCACAUAUUAGCAUGAAGUGCACAGCAGACUACAUGGAAGCAAAGAUCGACAGAAAAGAACUGAGCAACCUCGACACCGGCAACUUACACCUCAAGGACGAAAGCUGCAAAUCUACCGAAGUGAAUGACGAUUUCAUCAUCUUCCGCGCUCCCCUGGAUGGGUGUGGCACGACCAGCAACGCCAGCAGUGAUGGGAACUACCUCGUGUAUUAUAACGCCAUCACCGGUGACUUGGUUGCUCCCACCACCAAUACUCUGAUCACCCGUGAACAUACCGCCGAGAUGCCAUUCCAGUGUUCGUAUUUGAGGAAGGUUGUUGUGAGUAGGAAGGCCUUCACUCCAAGGAGAGCCGCCAUCUUUACUAAAACAGAAAGCUUUGGUAACUUCACCUUUACCAUGGACAUGUACAAGACUGACGAGUACAAGGAGAAGCACGAGUACCCUGCUGACAUAGGCAUAGGUACUGCUAUGAAUAUUGAAGUAACUGUUAACGGAUCUGACCUGGCAGUUAUACCCGUCAUGUGUCAUGCUACCCCUACUGAAGGAUAUGAUGACAAACCACAAUAUGUCUUCAUCAAUGAAAGCUGUAGCCAGGAUGAUACCCUCAAGUACAAAAAGAAGGAAGGCGGAGUUCAACGCUUCAGUCUCGCUGCCUUCAGGUUCUUACCAAACUACGAUAACGUCUACCUUCACUGUAAAGUGGUAGCCUGUCCAUUCGGAGAGUCUGACUCCCGGUGCGCCCUGGGAUGCAAGACCAGCAGCGGUGGAAGCAACCGUCGUCGUCGUGCUGCAACAUUAGUGCGUGACAUUGAUCAAGACUUGACUCUUGGACCAAUCAAACUGAGGGAAAGGCAGAGAAGCUCGGCUCAAACUGCAUCCAGCGGUAGCAUGAUCACCAUGGUUACCAUUGUUGCAGGAGUGCUAGGUUUCUUGGUCGUCUGCCUUGCAGUUGCCAUUGUCAUUAUAUACAAGCGCAAGAAGAGCCAUACUAAUGGCGCUAAACUCCUCGUACAAGAAGAAGCAUGAGUUUCAGGUUAACGUUUUUAACCUUUUUCUUAGUGUUUUUAAAGUCUUUUUUUUUGUGAGUUUGUUUCACGGUAGUUGUAAUAAGUUUUUUAGCAUUUACAUUUUUUUAUUUUAACUUGAGCUGUACUAUGCUGUCCAAAUGAAACGUCUAUCCCCUUGACCCAACCACUGUACUUUUACCCUUACCCAGAAGGAUACUUCCAAAUCCUUUUUUGAUUUAUACUUCUUGAUUUAUUCUUCAUUUUCUCCCAUUUUCUAUCGUAGUUUUUAUAUCUUUUUUAUAGAUUAAGCUUAAGAUUAAGUGGAAUUGUUAUAAGGUUAAGAUAAACGUUUUAGACUUUUUUGUAUUAGAAACAAUUUGGGCUAAUAAACUUUGACUUCCACCAAAA